AUGAGAACCGAUGCCCUCAAGAUCGAAGAAGGUAUGAAAGGCGCCGAGAACGAGGUCCUGCGCAAGGAGGAGGAAGCCUAUCUGAUGCACCGCCACGACGCCGAGAUCUCGCACCUGAAGAAACUGCACCAGGACGAAGUCGCCGAGAAGAAGCUUGCCUUCCAAAAGUUUAUUGCUGCGCGAGAUGCCCGCAAGAAGGCAAAGAAGCUGGAGAGACAGACCAUCCGGGACAUGAAACGGCGUGAUGCCAUCAUCAUGGAGCAGGAGGCCGCUUCCAAGGAAGCCGCUCGGGUCAAGUCGACUCUGACCAUGAAGCGCGCCCAGUUUGAUGCCCUCCUCGCUUACCUCGAAAACAAGCACGACAAGCAGCGCCGCCAGCUCUACGCCGCGCAGGACCGCAAGAUCCAGUACGAGAAGAUGAUCAACAAUAUGGAGUAUGCACACGAAAGGGACGAAAUCAAGAGGACGAUGCAGAAAAAGUUCCAGGUUCUCAUGACUCACCAGAAAUCCGUCGACAAGCGCUUGGCCGACCAGCUGCGUGAAAUCCAGCAGAUGGAGCUGAAGCAUACCAAGGAAAACUUUGACCUCGAGUUCCAGUCCUACGAAGACAUCCACAACCUCAAGGCCAUGCACGUCAAAGGCGUGUGCGAGCUGACGGCAGCCCAGGCCGCCGAUCUGCACGCCGAGAAAGAGCGUUUGAUUUCCCAGCGAGAGCAGACCAAACUGACCAUUCUGGAGGCCCGCCACGUUGUCGACAUGAAGAAGCUCGCUCUGGGACACCGAGACCAACUGAGACAGCUCCGUGUCCAGCAAGAGCACAGGCAAGUCCACUACAGCUCUAACCCAGGGCCUGUGAGCCGUGCCGAACAGGGCCAGCAUGCUCACCAAAGCCGCAUGACCAUCUCUACCCUCGAUGACGAUGACAUCCAUUCAAAGUCAGACACAGUCAGUAACCGUGGUCGACGAAGCCCAUACGGAGCUGACUCGAGCACCAUCGAUGACCAAAGCGACUAUUACGAUGGCGACGACAACGAAACGCAAGACAGGCUCCAAAGCAGCGCAGUGGAUGUCAUCCGCAAGCUCUCGAGCAAGCACAAGGACGCCAUUGCGGCGCUCAAGGAGAUGUAUCGAACCGAGCUGAGCAAGCUCGAGGUCCAGAUCGGCUCGCGAAAGCGCGAGCUCGAAGAGAACCAGGCCUGCGAGCUGCGGGAGCUGUGCGAAGCCCACGCAAGAGAUCUCGAGGCACUGCGGACGGUCCAGGCCAAGGAAGUGCAGAUGGAGGCCUCCGUGCACGAGGCCGAAGCCAAGAUGCUGGUCGAGAGACGGGUGCUCAACUCGGUCCUUAGUACUGUUGUCGAUGGAAUCAUCAACAUCAAUCCCAAGGGAAAGGUCUCUCGGUUCAAUCGUGCCGCAGAGAACAUGUUUGGAUACAAGUCCGACGAGGUGCUUGGCCGCAACAUCAAGAUGCUCAUGCCUCCCGAGAUCGCCGACCAGCACGACGGCUACCUGAACAACUAUUUCACAACUGGCAUUGCCCGAAUCAUCGGCUCUGGCAGACGCGCUUUUGGCAUGAAGAAGAACGGCACGACCUUCCCGGUGCAUAUCUCGGUCUCGGAAGUGCUUGAGGAGGGCGCCCAUCUGUUCACCGGCAUCAUCCGCGACCUCACAGAGGAGGUUCGCUUGGAAGAUGAGCAGCGUGCCAAGGACGAAAAGAAGCGGCUCGAGCUCACCGACCUCCUCAAGGAGCUUGACAUCUCCAAAGCCAAGGCCGACGAUAUUCUCAGUCAGAUGCUGCCUCCCGCCAUCCAGGUGCAGCUGAUGGCCGGACAGCCCAUUGUUCCGGAGGCAUUCGAUCAGGCGACAGUGUUCUAUUCGGACAUCUGUGGCUUCACCGAGAUCAGCUCCAAGAGCACGCCGAUGCAGAUGGUGCAGCUGCUCAACUCGCUCUACACCACAUUCGACGGAAUCAUCAGCAAAUAUGAUGCAUACAAGGUCGAGACCAUCGGCGACUCGUACAUGGUUGCCUCUGGUGUGCCGCGUCGCAACAAUGACCGUCAUGCGUGCGAAAUCGCCGACAUGGCCCUUCACAUGCUGUCGGCGAUCAGCACCUUUAGCCUGCCGGAUCGCCCCGAGCUCAAGUUGCGCAUGCGGAUCGGCAUGCACUCUGGCCCGGUCGUUGCCGGCGUCGUUGGACUCAAAAUGCCAAGAUACUGCUUGUUUGGAAGUACAACUACUGAAGCCUCGCGCAUGGAAUCCAGCGGCCAGCCGAUGCGCAUCCAAGUCAGCGAAGCAACAUACAAGCUGCUGCAGCGCGACGGCUCGUACGAGCUGGUGUGCCGCACGGACCGCCCGCCCGAGGCGAAAGGGCGCACGUACUGGCUGGUCGGCAAGGACAACUUUUACAUGCCGCUCCCUGAAGAAACCCUGUGUCUGUCCACCAAUUGCGUCAGCAUCCCCGUGCCGGCGACCCUAUCGAAUGAAGCCGAGCAGUAG